UCAGUGUGAUCUGCAUUUACAUUUUUUAGUUUCUGUCAUUUGUGAAAGCAAAACAAAUUACUACUUGCUAUUAUUGAUAGUAAUUGUCGUCAUUCAUGGCAAUUAGGGUAUAUUAUGUGAACAGUAAAUAGUACAAGUGCUUUGGUACAUAAUGCACAAACGUUAUUUGGACAAAGAGUUGUGAUGAGUGAAAUGGACCUGCGACACCGGAGGGACCAGCGGCGAUGGUCGAGGGAGUUGAUGCAAAUGUUCCUCAUUGUGGGUCUGGUCUUCUUUCUCUGCGAGUAUGCCAUCUACCCCCUCGUUCUCAUCCAAUGCUCUUGGCCCCAACAACCACAGAAUGCGGACAGGGAUGCAAACGUGCUCAGGGCAAUGGUUUUAGCGGACACGCAUCUUUUGGGGCCAUUUAGGGGACACUGGUUUGAUAAAUUGAGAAGAGAAUGGCAAAUGCAUAGGACUUUUCAAACUGCCAUUGGAAUUUUCAACCCGGAAGUGGUAUUCUUUUUGGGAGACUUGUUCGAUGAAGGAGAAUGGGUGAAAGGUCCAGAUUUCGACAAAUAUGUCUCUAGAUUUGAAUCUUUGUUCUCCGUUCCGGAACAUAUUGACAUUUAUGUUGUCCCAGGCAAUCAUGACAUAGGGUUUCAUUACCAGACAUUGCCUCACAAACACACUCGGUUUAAAACCGCAUUCAAUUCGUCGUCUGUUCGCCUUUUGAGAUUGAAAGAAGUCAAUUUUGUCUUAAUAAAUAGUAUGGCGAUGCAAAUGGAUGAUUGCUUCCUGUGUGAAGAAGGCUUAACGGAAUUAAAAAUAGUCAAAGGGCAGUUGUUUUGUCAGCAGAAUCCGACCUCACCAAAAUGUAUGUCAUCCCCAGAAUUUCAAAUAUAUAGCCGACCUAUAUUGCUUCAGCAUUUUCCCAUGUAUCGAGAAUCGGAUUCAAUGUGUACUGGUCCAGACAGCGCUCCAAAUGAGGAAAAGUUUGAUGCAUUCCGUCCAACCUUUGAGUGUUUAUCCGCCGACUCAACCAAAGUCUUGCAACAGAUUAUAGGACCCAGACUCAUAUUAUCUGGCCACACCCACCAUUACUGCCUCUACAACCACAGUAUCAAAGGGUUUGGAACAGUCCCGGAAUAUUCUGUCCCGUCUUUUAGCUGGAGAAACAGGAAUGACCCCAGUUUCUUCUUGGGACACUUUUCUCGUAACGAAUUUUUCCUGUCAAAGUGCCUAAUGCCGAAAGAGUCGACAGCAAACUUGUUAUAUGUUUCUGGUAGUUUGCUAAUUAUUUGUACCCUUCUGCGGAGAAUAUUAAUUUAUGUAUUUCGCUGCCUAUGGUUCGUGCUUGUUCGUCGAGCCCGGUGAUUGUGAUAUUUAUACCUCGAAAUUAUACUUAUGUACAAAAUGUUCAGCAAUAUGAUAAUCUAGUCACAAUAUCUAACAUUUUGAAUAAAAGUCAGAAUUGUUUGCAUAGCCAAA